GUUCUUCGGGUGAUCUAAGGCUGACGUGUCCAUUUUUUGGACGUUUUAUUUUUUUUCAUUUCCAUCGUCGUUUCAUUUUUAUUUUUCUUCUUCUCCCGGAAAAGUCGAGGAGGCGAAAUCACGAGAGAUUUUUUUUUUCUCACCGUCGUCUUUAUUCCACGAAUCGGAUUCUCCCCUCUUUCGUAUACAAAAACCCUAGUUGUCGUCAUCGUCGUCGUCUUCGUCGUGUCGGAACCCAGACUUUUUUCACAAACUGAUUUAGUGAAGAUGGAAUCUAAUGGAUCAGUUUCGUCGACGGCCAACUUGGAGAAGUUUCUCUGUGAGCGAUUGGUUGAUCAGUCACAGUCAAUCUCAGAGCGGUUUAGAGCUCUCUUCUCUCUUCGCAACUUGAAAGGAGCAGGACCUCGCAACGCUCUAAUCCUCGCAUCUAGAGACUCAUCUAAUCUGUUAGCACAUGAAGCUGCUUUUGCAUUGGGACAGAUGCAAGAUGCUGAAGCAAUUCCUGCUCUUGAGUCGGUUCUUAAUGAUAUGUCCUUGCAUCCCAUAGUUCGACAUGA